GACAUUUUCCCCACGUUCGCCUGUCCCGCCCAUUUUCCGAGACUGACGAACAUUGCUGAGGCAGAGGAAGCGGUUCCAUGUCUGCAGCUGAGGAUGCAGCAUCUUUGCCCGGCGAGGGCUCAGACACUGGUGAUACCGAGAGCAGUCAGAUGGUCGGCGUGGGAGAUCCGGAAACGGACCUGCGGCAACCAGAAGCAGAGAAGACCAGUGGCGACAAUGAGGGUCAACAUAAUGAGGAGUGCAAGGCUGAGGAGGAGGAGGUGGCAGCACUGUCCUUGGAAGAAACAGAAAAAGUAGAAGAAAUAACAUCUGUGAGAUCUCUGCCUAACUCAGAGGAAGGUUCCCCUGAUGGAUCUAUACAAAGUUCUGACAUGGUUCUGAAACAGGAUGUCAAGAAGUCCACAUUAGAGCAGGAGCUGGAAAUUAUUCUAUCUCAUUGCUCUCUGGAGUCCAAAACUGAUGAUGUCCUGAUGAUCCAGUCAGAAGACAGUGGUAAAUUCGAUAUUGUGAAAGUGGAAAAAAUCCAGAGUAACACAGAGAAAGGGGAAAAAGCACCUCCACCUCCUCUGGCCCCACCAUCCACCUGGACAAGCGCUAACCUGCGUGAAUUUAAGAAUCGCAUGGCAAAGGAGAAGCAUGGUGUUCUGACUGUACGAAGAGGAGAGGUGCUAACAGUCAGAGUUCCCACACACCCUGAUGGAAAACGUCUUUGCUGGGAAUUUGCUACUGAUGAUUAUGAUAUUGGCUUUGGCAUUUAUUUUGAUUGGACCACAGUCACCAGCACUGCUGUCACUCUACAGAUAAGUGAGUCAAGUGACGAAGAGGAUGAGGAAGAAAUUGAGAGUCCCUGGCAUGGACGGGAAGGGGACGUGGAGCGAGGUUCCAUGUACAGGCUACGUAGUCGGUAUGGGGAAAUUGUGCAAGUUUACCGCAGAGACAGUCACAGAGAGGUGCAGGCAGGUAGCCACGAGUACCCUGGAGAAGGGAUUUACAUGCUCAAAUUGGACAAUUCCUAUUCCCUUCUGCGCAACAAGACUCUAUACCUUCAUGUAUACUACAGCAGCUGAGACAUCCAGUGCUGGGGGUGUGAGGUAUUUUUUGUUUUUAACACAAAGCAUAAGUGAGAUAGUUGGCAUUUGUGUUUAUUUAAACAACCAACUUUUCACACCAGCAGAAGUACAUUGUUCCACUUUGUGUGAAUGUAUCUUCCCAUUUUCCUUUUUCUUUUUUUUUCUUUGCAGGUCAAUUCCAUGCAUAUGGGUGUAUGUGACAACCUGUUCCCUGUGAUCAUUUUGAUUCUUUUAUGCUUAUGCUUCUUGCAUGAUAGGGCUGGAAGGGUGCAUCUUGAGCAGGCUGCCAAUCUUCUGGUCUUCAGUCAUGUAGGAAAUGGUCUAUUUCUUUAUAAAAACAAAACAUUUUUACAUGUGUCAAUGCCUGUGUUUUUUUGUUGUACUGAUCACAUAUUUUAUUUUCCAAAAAUUCUUAGAGCAGCAAGUGUGAUAUGUAAUAACU